AUGGCCAGCGUAGCGAGCAGCGCCCCGGACCAGCGCCACCUCCGGCUGCUCGCCGCCGCCGCCCAGGCCAACGAGUCCCGCGUCCGCGACAUCCUGGCCGAGGAGCAGUCGUGGACGGCCACGCCCAACGACCGCGACGCCCUGCGCAGCGCCCUGCAGCGCGUGGCGGCGCGCGGCAACAUCGCCGUCGCCCGGCUCCUGCUCGCCCACGGCGCCGAGGUCAACCCGCGCCGCGACGGCGAGGUCGGCGCGCUCGCCAAGGCCGCCGAGGCAGGGCACGCGCAGCUCGCGGCCGAGCUGCUGCGGCGCGGCGCGGACCCCAACGGCGUGGGCCGCAGCGGGGCGCCCGUGCUGUUCGCCGCGUGCAUGCGCGGGCACAACGCCGUCGUCUCCCUGCUCCUGGACGCCGGGGCCGACGUCGACGCCCGGGACAAGGAGGGCCGCACGCCGCUGCUGUUCCUGGCGGCCGAGAAGCCCGGCCGGUGGAGCUUUGACACGCUGCGGCUGCUGCUGGCCGGGGGCGCCGACAUCGAGGCGCGGGACCACAUCGAGCGGACGCCGCUGCUGUGGGCCGCGACGCACGGCAACAUCCGCCUCGUCGACGCGCUGCUCAGGGGCGAGCUCGGCAAGGCGGCCGACAUCCAGGCGGCCAACAACCGCGGCCGCACGUCCCUGCACCUGGCCGCCGAGGGGAACCACGAGGAGAUGGUCGAGCUGCUCCUGAGCCACGGGGCUGAUACCCGCACCAAGAGCGACGGUGGCUGGACGGCCCUGCACAAUGCGGCGCAGAGCGGCCAUCUCGGCGUCGUGAAGCUCCUGCUGGAUGCUAAUGCCAAGGUCAACGCCGAGCUAUCGAACGGCAUGACGCCGCUGCACUGGGCUGCUUUCAACGGGCACGAGGAGGUGGUGAAACUUCUCCUGACGAGGCCCGAUGCCGACUUGACCACCAAGGACAGCUUCGACCGAACGCCCAUGCUUUGCGCCGCCGAGACGUACAACAAGGAUAUCGUGCAGCUUCUGUCCCCGGCCCGAGCCGGCGACAGGCUGUCGGCGGCGGCACAGAGCGCCUGCAAGUCGUUCGAGGCCACCAUUGUCGACUUUGGCCACUUCCAGCACGGCAGGAAGCAGCUCGUCUUCAAGCACUCGGUCCACGAUCUCCUGUACGGCUGGGACAGGGAGACCGACAAGCCAAAGAUCAACACGUGCACGAGCAACAUCAAGUACGAGCCGGCGUUCAGGUGGAUCCACCUGCCCGCGAACAACAUCGCCUGGGUCGAGACCCUGCUCGCCAAGCACUUUGUCGAGGGGGGCCACCGCGACAUCGAGGCCUUCAAGGCCCUGGAGAAGUGCUUCGACCAGGAGCACCGCGGCCCGUUGGCCCACGCGCACUUCAUGCGGACGUUCUGCCAGCGCAUUUCUGCCUCGCAGGGCGAGUCGCCGGACAGGGAUCGGGAGGAGAGGUCCCUCGCCUCGCUGAUGGAGGACCCGUCCGAGCUCAGCACGAUAUCCAGCCAGAACAGCGGUGCGAUGACGCCGCGGACAAAUCACAGCCACGGUGGUGGCGGCCACGAACAUGACUCGCCCAAGCCCGAUUCGAAGAAGAGCAAGUCGGAGCAGAUCGCCGAGAGGCAUCCGAAGCGCUCGAAGCGGGCGAAGGGUCCCCCCGGGAACCCGCCGAAGAACAAGGAUAACAAAACAGCAGCGAACAAGGGCCCUGCUCAGGUCGCGUGGGAUACUAAUAUCAGCAAGCUCUCGUCUUCCAACGGGAAGCUUGUCUUGUUUAUGCCCUUCCUACAUUUUGAGACGGACGAGAGACGCGCCAGGAUGAGCAAUGCGAUCAAGAGCGUGCGCGCCGGUGAAGACCUACCGGACACGGCCACUCGAGAUCUCAUGCUCAUCAAUGCAUACCUGAAUAACUCACCGCCCUUGCAUCCCCGCAGGACACUGGAUCAGUUCUUCUACCAUGGCAUAGACACGACAGCGAGAGACAGAGAUCAAGUUGUCUAUCGCUUUUGCAAGAGGCAUCACGUGGAGCCCAAAAUUUAUAUGGUUGAUCAGCUCUGGUUAUGGGUCCUUGGGCGAGGUGAGAAUACGAAGUUGUCUCUACCGAUCCUGUUUCUUACUAACAAGUGGCACUUCCUAGACUUGAUCAUCACCUGCUUCCCUCAACGCUGGGACCAGCCUAGACAGGACCCCUUGAACGUCCUGGACGGUAUCAUUGAGGAAACAAACGCAAAGACCAGGCCGCCAAUGCAGUCUGUCUACGAUCUAGCGAUGCUAAUCACAAACCGGUGUUCUGGCAUGUUUGACCGCCAUCGCUUGGACGACCAGGACUACCAGUUCCUAGACAUGUUUGAGAGCUCCAUCGGGCAUGUCACAAACAGGGAGAGCCAGCUGUUCUUGAGGUUCAACAGGGCCUCUGAUAUCUCAGCCCAGCUGCUGCAGCACAACCGGCGGCACCGCAGACGCGCGUCCCGGCAGUUCUCGCGCGACACGGGCGGGCGCAUCAAGGAGCAGGACCCCCUGGUGCUCGACGCGCUCCUCGACAUCGGCAUCGAGACGGCCCUGCUGGCCGAGAUCAAAGACAUCCGUGACGAGCUCAACAUCAUCGCCGUCAUCCUUGACUCGCAGAGCUCGAUCCUGCACGAGUUCGAGGGCCAGGUCGUCGAGGAGCUGCGGACGGAGGGAGGGGGCGGCGGCGGCGGCGGCGGCGGCGGUACGCGCAGGGUCGUCGACGCCGUGGCGGCCGAGAUCCGCAAGCGGUCGCGCGAGCAGAAGCGCCUGCUCGAGGUGCACCGCAAGGACGUCGAGCGCAUGGACCGCCAGGCCGAGAGCAUCUACAUGAGCCUGACGCACCUGCUCGACCUCAAGCAGAAGCACUCCAACGCGCUCGAGGCGCGCUUCGCGCGCGACCAGGCCGAGAUCGCGGCGCGGCAGGGCCAGACCAUCAUGGUCUUCACCAUCGUCACCAUCGUCUUCCUGCCCAUGUCCUUCAUCGCCGCCUUCUUCGCCAUCAACUUCCGGGAGUGGGACGACGGGCGGCUGACGCUGGCGUACGUGUCCAAGUACAUGUUUGGCAUCGGCCUCGGCAUCUCGAUCCCGCUCGUCGCCAUGGCCUUCACGGUCAACGACAUCUUUGACGCCGUGCGGGGCGUGCUUCUCGGUGUCAAGGACGCUGUGUUCCGGAGGGACGAGACGAGUAAGCGGCGGACGGUCGACGAGGCGCUGCUGCUCCCCGAGGAGCCGUCGCGUCCAAGGCUGGAGGCAUAUCCGUCGUCUAGGGGGCGGCCUUCGCUCGCAGACGACGCCUAUUCAGGCAGAGUUCGAGCCCGGCAGGGCGGGUAUCUCGGCCGCGGAGUGAGCUAUGAGAAGUCGUAUGAAGGCCAUGGGCUGGGCACGCUUCCUUCGCCGACGCGAGCGCCGGGAGCGAGGAAGUUCAGCUUGGGCAGCGGGAAUGCAGUGUCGUGGAUGAGGCCUAGCUACGAUAGGAGCAAGAGGCGCAGUGAAGAUUUAGAAAAUGGGAGAAGCGAGUUUCCUGGGAGUAGAUCGCCAGUUUAG